AUGGCCGACUCCAGUUCUGAUGAUUCAGAUGAAUGGGGAACAGAAGAAAUUGUGAUUCCUUCGAAAUCGGGUGCUGCUCAAAAUCAAAGUGAAGAAGGUGAGAAUGACGAUGGGGAUUGGGAUUGGGAUGUAGUAAUUGAAAAGAAAGGACCCAAGCUGUCCACCGUACAAACAGCACCGAAGAAGCCAGGGGAACCAAUGAUAAUAGUAGAUAUUACACAACUGGAUGAAAAUGUUCACAGCAAAUUUGAUCGUAAUUCUGUCAACAACACAGAUGCCGCCUCAGCCUGGCGCAAGAAGAUUGAGAAUCAGUACCAGACGUACUCGAAGGAUGCAAAACUCCUAGGGAAUGGUACUGUAAUUCCUUGUGGAUCAUCUGUGUGGAGAGAUGCACUUGUUCGACUUCGUGAUGAAAGAAAGGGUCAUUACUUUUGUCCCGUAUUUUCACCCAAAAAGUAG